AUGGCAAGUCGUACUAAGCAUAAGCACCACGGUGGCCUUAGGAAGAAACCUUUGGUACCAAAAUGGAAGGUGUUCAGAGCUAAAGAUCCAGUAAUGUCAGUGUUUAUGUGGGGCGUGAAUCACACGGUAAGUGUUGCGUUACAUUGUUACUCAAAACAUAGUCAAUAACACAUUAUCGCUAUAAAACGUCAAUACUUUACUUUUUUAAUCGUUUUUUAACGUUGUUGCAGAUAACUGAACUUAUGCACGUUCCACCACCAGGACUGCUCUUCCCCGAUGAGUUCCGUGCUUUUUCAAAGGUCAAGGUGGACAAUCAUUUCUUCAAUAAGUAAGUAUUAUCGACUAAAACCUUUCUAUCUUUAGGGAAAACAUGCCUAGUCAUUUCAAAGUCAAGCACUAUUGUCCCAACGUUUUCCGGAGCUUACGUCAACAAUUCGGUGUUGAUCAGCGUCAUUACUUAGUAAGUUGUUAUUUCGAUUUAUAUUGCUUUUUAGAGAUCCUUGACUGCCAUUGAACCUGAAUUGGACCUGCAGGAGAGUUCGAACAACUUCUUUGUUUCAUUUGACAGAAUGUUUGUGAUAAAAGUGAUUGACUCUGAAAGUGUAGCCGAGCUUCAUUCGAUUCUAUUUCAAUAUCAUUCGUAUGUCGUGGAAAGACAAGGGAAAACCUUGCUACCUCAAUACCUGGGACUUUAUCGGAUUACGGUGGACGGAACGGACAAGUAUUACCUUGUUAUGAGGAAUAUCUUUGGAUCAAAGUACGCAAUUCACAAAAAGUACGAUCUCAAGGGUUCAACUGUUCAACGACAAGCCAGCGAGAAGGAGAAGUCCAAGGAAUUGCCCACUUUCAAGGACAACGACUUUUUGGAAGACAAGCAUAAGUUGUCCAUUCCGGUUGACGUGAAGAAGCAAUUGUUGGAUAUUCUCAAGAAUGACACAGACUUCUUGACCAAGCUGCACUUGAUGGACUACUCGCUGCUGGUGGGGAUUCAUGACGUUGAGAAGGGAAUGGAAGAAAGUUUGGCCGAGAAAGAGGUGGAGAACGAUGACGAAAGUGGAGAUGAGCUGGCUCCGUCGCCUCCUGACAGUCCAAUACCAUCUGUCUCGGCUUUUAAUCUUGAUGAAGAGUUCUUCGCCAUUGUCAGUGCUGGUAUGUUCUAGUUUUUUACUCUAAAUGGACAUGAAUUUAAUUUUUUGAUCUAAUUUUUUCUUUAAUGUUGAUAUUGUUUUCAGAUUCUCCGGAGCAAAAGAAGUAUAUUUAUUUUGUUGGAUUGGUCGAUAUCUUAACCUAUUAUGGUGUCAAGAAGCGAACUGCUUCGGCCGCGAAAUCAGUGAAAUACGGUGCUGAAGCGGAACAUAUAUCGACGGUAAAACCUGAGCAGGUGGGUAUUUCAAGUUCAUUUUUAGAUUAUAAAAUUUAGUUUUUGAAGUUUGGUAUUUUAGGUAGUAUUUUAUAUAAAAAUUGCUAAUAUUUGUAGUAUAAUAUCCAUAUUUUUACAGUAUGCACGACGAUUAAUUGAGUUCGUGGACAAGAACGUAGUCACAACUACCGAAUAA